UCCGCGCCGCCCCGGCUCCUCCGCGCACUUCUCGCGAGGCCGGAGGCAGUGCCGGGUCAGACAUGGCGGAAGAGGAGGUGGCCAAGUUGGAGAAGCACUUGAUGCUUCUUCGGCAAGAGUAUGUCAAGCUGCAGAAGAAACUGGCAGAGACAGAGAAGAGAUGCACUCUCUUGGCUGCGCAGGCGAACAAGGACAGCAGCAGUGAGUCCUUCAUCAGCCGCCUGCUGGCGAUUGUGGCGGACCUCUACGAGCAGGAGCAGUACAGUGAUCUGAAGAUAAAGGUUGGGGACAGGCACAUCAGUGCUCACAAGUUUGUCCUGGCAGCCCGCAGUGACAGCUGGAGUCUGGCUAACUUGUCUUCCACUAAGGAGCUGGACCUGUCAGAUGCUAACCCUGAGGUGACGAUGACAAUGCUUCGCUGGAUCUAUACGGAUGAGUUGGAGUUCAGAGAGGAUGAUGUGUUCCUGACGGAAUUGAUGAAACUAGCAAAUCGGUUUCAGCUACAGCUCCUCAGGGAGAGAUGUGAGAAGGGUGUUAUGUCUCUAGUGAAUGUCAGGAACUGUAUUCGCUUUUACCAGACGGCAGAGGAACUAAAUGCCAGCACCCUGAUGAACUACUGUGCAGAAAUUAUUGCAAGUCACUGGGAUGACUUGAGAAAGGAGGAUUUCAGUAGCAUGAGUGCUCAGUUGUUAUACAAAAUGAUCAAAUCCAAGACAGAGUACCCGCUACAUAAAGCUAUCAAAGUGGAGAGAGAAGAUGUGGUCUUCCUUUAUCUGAUUGAAAUGGAUUCCCAGCUCCCUGGGAAGCUGAAUGAGGCGGAUCAUAAUGGAGAUCUGGCAUUAGAUCUAGCCCUUUCGCGACGACUGGAGAGUAUUGCCACCACGCUGGUUAGCCACAAAGCUGAUGUGGACAUGGUGGACAAGCAUGGCUGGAGCUUGCUACACAAAGGAAUCCAAAGAGGAGACCUCUUUGCUGCCACUUUCCUCAUUAAGAACGGGGCCUUGGUUAACGCUGCUACACUGGGUGCCCAGGAGACACCGCUGCACCUCGUGGCCUUGUACAGUUCAAAGAAACACUCGGCAGAUGUGAUGUCUGAGAUGGCGCAGAUUGCAGAGGCCCUCCUGCAGGCCGGCGCCAACCCCAACAUGCAGGACAGCAAGGGCAGGACUCCUUUACAUGUGUCCAUCAUGGCCAGGAACGAAUAUGUGUUCAAUCAGCUGCUGCAGUGUAAACAACUAGAUUUAGAACUGAAAGACCACGAGGGCAGCACGGCUCUGUGGCUUGCCGUGCAAUAUAUCACGGUGUCUUCUGACCAGUCUGUGAACCCCUUUGAAGAUGUCCCUGUGGUAAAUGGGACUUCAUUUGAUGAAAACAGCUUUGCAGCCAGACUCAUCCAGCGCGGCAGCCACACGGAUGCACCUGACAUGGCGACAGGAAACUGCUUACUACAGCGGGCAGCUGGGGCAGGAAACGAGGCAGCAGCUCUUUUCCUGGCAACCAAUGGUGCCCACGUGAACCACAGAAACAAGUGGGGAGAAACGCCGCUGCACACGGCGUGCCGGCACGGCCUGGCCAACCUCACCGCAGAGCUCCUGCAGCAAGGCGCCAACCCAAACCUGCAGACGGAGGAGGCUCUGCCUUUGCCAAAGGAGUCUGCAUCCCCGACCAGCUUGGCGGACAGCGUCUAUCAGCAGACACCACUGCACAUGGCGAUCGCCUAUAAUCAUCCAGAUGUGGUGUCUGUCAUCCUGGAGCAGAAAGCCAAUGCUCUUCAUGCCACCAACAACUUGCAGAUUAUUCCGGACUUCAGCCUCAAAGAUUCCCGAGACCAGACCGUCCUGGGCCUGGCAUUGUGGACUGGCAUGCACACGAUCGCAGCCCAGCUGCUGGGCUCCGGGGCCUCCAUCAACGACACCAUGUCGGAUGGGCAGACCCUGCUGCACAUGGCCAUACAGCGGCAGGACAGCAAGAGCGCCCUCUUCCUCCUGGAGCACCAGGCAGAUAUCAAUGUCAGGACUCAGGACGGGGAGACAGCCCUCCAGCUGGCCAUCAGAAACCAGCUUCCGCUCGUAGUCGAUGCGAUAUGCACCCGAGGAGCUGACAUGUCUGUGCCGGAUGAGAAGGGGAACCCGCCGCUGUGGCUUGCAUUGGCAAACAACCUGGAGGACAUCGCGUCCACUCUGGUCAGACACGGUUGUGAUGCCACAUGCUGGGGCCCCGGACCUGGUGGCUGCCUCCAGACGCUCCUGCACAGAGCCAUUGACGAAAACAACGAGCCCACCGCCUGCUUUCUUAUCCGCAGUGGCUGUGACGUGAACAGUCCCAGGCAACCAGGUGCUAAUGGAGAAGGCGAGGAAGAGGCUAGAGAUGGGCAGACCCCUUUGCAUCUGGCAGCCUCUUGGGGGCUGGAAGAGACAGUCCAGUGUCUUCUGGAGUUUGGUGCCAAUGUGAAUGCGCAGGAUGCGGAAGGAAGAACACCCAUCCACGUGGCCAUCAGCAAUCAGCACAGCACCAUCAUUCAGUUGUUGAUCUCUCACCCCGAUAUCCAUCUGAACAUCCGAGACAGACAAGGGCUGACCCCGUUCGCCUGUGCCAUGACUUACAAGAACAACAAGGCAGCCGAGGCCAUUCUCAAACGAGAGUCCGGGGCUGCCGAGCAGGUGCGUGAGUAACACCCAGCGUUCUCCGCCUUGUCCUGGGCCCCGCAGAAC